GGAGUUGCCAUGGCGGCGCUGGAUGGUCUGGCGUCUGCGCUGGAGUCGUACAGGGGCCGGGACCGCCUGGUCCGAACAUUGGGGUACUGCUGUCAGCUGGUUGGUGGGGUCCUGGUUGAACAAUGUCCUGACAGGUUGGAAGUGGGGACGCGCCUGCUGGCGGUGUCUGCCCAACUCAGCCACUGCAGGACUGUUCUGCGACUCUUUGAUGACCUGGCCAUGUUUGUCUACACUAGGCAGUAUGGCCUGGGGGCAGAGGAAGAGGACAUCUUUGUCCGCUGGCUUUCCAUCGUGGGCAAUAUCGCCGACCAGCUGUACUAUCCAUGUGAGCAUGUGGCCUGGGCUGCCGACGCCAAAGUCCUCCAUGUGGACUCUGCCCGGUGGUGGACACUGAGCACAGCCCUCUGGGGCCUCUCCCUGCUCCUGGGGAUUGCCAGGUCAUCAUGGACAAUGCUGAGGCUGAAGCAAAAGCUGAGGAGCUCCACGGCCACCUUCACCAGCCGGCUGCCCCGGAGCAAGCGGAGGGCCAUGGAGGCACGGAUGCAGUCGGAGGUGCUGACGCUCCUCAGCAACCUGGCUGACCUGGCCAAUGCUGUGCACUGGCUGCCCCAGGGCAUCCUGUGGGCUGGCCGCUUUCCCCCAUGGCUGGUGGGCCUCAUGGGCACCAUCUCCUCCCUACUCAGCAUCUACCAGGCAGCCCGGGCCAACGGCCAGGCUGAGGCUACCAGCCCCUGACAUGGCCCAAGGAGCAGUGGACACAGCCAGAUCCUGAUGGAGGGCCCCUUCCCAGAGCAAGGCCGCAGGCCAGGGGAGCGUCGUUAACUGAGCAGUCCUGGUGCAAGCCCAUGGGUGGGGAGGGAGGAGCGAUUGGUAUGGGGUCCCCCAAGCCCAGGCAGGGGCACAGUGGGAGAACUGUCUUUGUGGGAGCAGAAAGGGGAGGACCCCAGGACUACCGAGCUCCAGGAAGAGCUUGAAAAGGCCCUUGGGGGCUUCUGCAGAGCCUCUCAGUUGUCCACUGGCCAACUUCGUGUCCGAAUAAAGGCAGGAGACACAAAUCAGGCCUCGGGUAGGGGCCUUGGGGAAGCUGCAGUGAGGAUCAAAUAUCCCUGGGGAGCUGGAAUGAGAAUGAAUUAAAUAUCCUGGUGCUGGUGCUAGCCAUGGCGUGAGAUGAUUUCAUUGGUGGCUCCUGGCCCUCC